AUGCAGCUCUCGCUCGCCAUCCUCGUCUCCCUCCUCUUCGGCCUCGUCGCGCACGCCGCACCCCUCCCCGCACCCCUCCCCGCACCGCUCACGGGCAACCCCAAGAACCUCGCCGCCGCGGUCAAAGGGUCCACAUCAUCGUCGUCGACAACAAGCGCCGACCCUGUCGCGGCGUCGCUCGCGAGUAAGCUCGCCGGCAUCACCAAGAGCCUCGGCAAGCUCCCUGUCCUCGCCGUCCCGGCCCUCCUCGAGCCGACUACGACCGGUCUCGUCAUCAAGGUCGUCUCGAAGGCGCCGGUCGUCAAGAACGCCAAGGCCGUCUCUCGUCGCGCCGUCCAAUUCGUCAACAACCCCAAGUCCUCUCCGAGGCAGACGACGACGACCACCAAGGGGAGGACGACGACGACCAAGGUGUUCGGCACGUCGACCGGGCCCGUCAAGGUGCCCGUCGCGACGGCGGCGCACGUUGACAACCCGAAGCACGCCUUUUCGCCCUCGCCCGCCGUCAAGCUCGUCAAGUACACGUUGACGGCGCCGGGCGGCAAGACGACGGUCGUCGAGGCGCAGGGGUCGUGGUCGCACCCGGGCGAGCCCAAGCCCACGCACAAGGCAUGA